AUGUCCUCUCCCCUUCGUCCCGGCACUCACUCCUUCACUGUCCCAGCCAAGGGCGUGACAUUAGAAUAUGUCGUCUAUCAGCCAUCCACAGUACCCGAUCGUCUGGUCGUAGUCCAAUGCCCCGGCUGGGGUCUCGGAUCCCGGUACCUCCAACGCGGUCUCUCCGAUCUGUGGGAGUCCUCGCCUGGCUUCAUUGUUGUGUUCUUUCAUCCACGCGGCACAGCAGGAUCAUCGCGACCGCGAGAUGAAACCCAGAUGCGCACAAUGCCAGACAUGGCCUCGGACCUCGACGAUCUGCGCUCUCACCUGGGUCUUGACCAGUAUCCCGUCCUGCUGGGCCAUUCCAACGGCGGCGCCAUCGCUUUGGGCUACGCGGAGAUGUAUCCAGACCGCAUCCAGCGGCUGAUCCUGCUGAACCACCAAGUGGUGGGCUUCCGGGACCGGAGCCAGCUGCAGUGCGAGUCUACACGGCACGACCCGCGGUACCAGGGGGCCUGGAAGAAUCUAUUGCAUCGUCGGAGCGAGACGGAUGAGGCAUUCACUGCGUCGGUGAAUGGGCUGUGGCCGCUGUACUUUUAUGACCCGCAACAGUAUGUGCAGGGGCUUAUACGGGAUAUUGGGGACCAGCCUAUGUGCGUGUGGUGUUAUCAGAAUCAAGGACGGUGCGAUGAGGGCUUGGAAAAUCCAACGCAAAUGAUGGAUCGGCUACGGAAUGUCCGCGCAAAGACGCUGGUGAUCUUUGGCCGCGAUGACCUGAUCUGUGGGGUGAAGGUUGCAGAGCGGACGACGGAGGGCAUUCCAGAUUCGCAGGCCAUUCUCUACGAUGCGUGUGGGCAUUUCCCCUGGAUUGAGCACAAGGAGCGCACCCUGGCUGAUAUCCGGGGAUUUAUCCAAGGAAAACUGGAAAGCCAAGAGCCGGCUACUGUGCAUUGA